AUGUCACGAGCCGCGCUAAGAAUCGCCCAUUUCUACGAUCGCCGCAAUUCAGAAUAUCUUGGAGGCGUUAGGCAAAAUGGGUCAAUCACCCGGAGAAAUGACAUGCUGGGGACUCUUCUUGUGGUCAGCUUCGGAGGCGAUAAUUUUGAUCGCGAUGAUCGGACCCUGCAUCAGAACUGCCGUGAUACCACGAAUUCGGAGAAUGUGGCCGACAAACUCUUUUACUGGCAUUACAGACAAUGUGUUCUUGCCAAUAUCAGAGGUGCCGGAGAGCCUACACUCGAGUGGGAUUUUCCCAUGGGGAAUAGAAAUAAUGAAGGAGAUCCGUGA